AUGCUGGGUUCGAAGCGUCUUAGUAUCAGCAAUGAACAAGAUUGUGCAUACACGUCUUCGGUAUUCUCCGUGAUAGACUUGCAGUGUGGUUUUGAUCGAACGGUAUUGGCGAAAAUACCGGGUCAUCAAUACAUCCCAAAAGUGCGGUAUGCGAUGGCAAAACUCCUGGCUGGAAAAGAUCACAAGGGUCUGAACAUGUCAAUUUUAUAUCUCCAAGACGUCUUCACAAAUUGUAACAGCGCUUUUGGUUGUUUGGCAACUGUUCUCCGAAGUGGCGCCUCCAUUGCUGCAAAUAUGGACGUAGAGUCGAUUUCCGAAGGCUUAGAAGGUUCAGGUGCUGCUAAUCUUACGACUUGGCUUGAGGGCACAGAAGCUUCUUGGGUGCUGGACAAACUGAACAAGCUCUCUCAAAGUCAUGUCGCUCUUCAGAACCGAAACAAUCCAAAGGAGUUGCCGAUCAGGACUUGCCUAUAUGUUGAGGGCUGUUUCUUGUUUUCGCGUUGCCGCGGCUUUUCGACAGUCUGCUUCCAGGAUUCUCACUGA